UCUUCAACUUGCCGCCUCAGUUCCUCGUGUUCUUCUGGACUCAUCCGGUAAUGGGCCCUAUUUGGUAACGAUGUAUUAGGUACGAGGUCGAUAUGGUGCUGUAUAUCUCGAAGGGGGGGUAGUCCUGCCGGCAGUUCUUCGGGAAACAAAUCCUCAAACUCCUUUAGUAAUGGUGCGAAUGCUGGCGGACAAGGUAGUGGCGUUGAUGGAGCAGGCGUAGUGGUGACGAGGGCGAACACCGGAUUACACGUACGAAGUUCUUCCUCAAAUUGAGAUUUGGAGAUAAUCAGCAAAUUUUGCUUAGAUGACGUUUGCUUUAUGCUGUCGCUGGGUGUGUGUUGUGGUCACUAAAUCCAUGGUUCAACCAGAGUCUCACCAAACCGUCCAAACCGGCCAUCUAGGAGGUACCAGCGACCGAGGUUCAGUCCAAGGCGUAUAUCUCUACAACCAGAAGUAAUUUCAACAUGAAACCAAUUUUAUUGGAUUCUACACUCCAGAAGCAGUCCAGCCCAAUUGGAAUCGAGCCAAAGUAUUCACGGAGCAAGAAGUUAUGACUUUUACAAUUCAGAAGUUUCCCAACCCGACCAUCUGCGAGUACCCGACUUUAGAAGGAGAUUCCAGCCCAAGGAAGGAGCGGCCUGAACCAAAGCCCAUCAUAGGAUUCAAGAGGAAUCUCUCAUCUUUCCAUAAAGCCCAAUAUCAGGAGAAAUGGCCACGGAAUUAUGAAGUUAUGAUCCAAUCUCCAAAACCGGCCAAACCAGUUCUACACUUGCCUCAAUUGGAAGCUAACCGGUUCAAUCAGCUUCAAACCAGACAUUGGCGACCAGGAGAUCAUUUCAACCAAUCAGGAGAUAUUCUAGGCAUCCAGGAGGAGUUCUACGAGUUCAUACCAUGCACCAGCAACCAUUGGAUCAGGAGGAUCCUCAUUUACUUCAACUUGCCUUAUUUGGAGUCUCAAGCAUUAAAACUCCAACAGCUCUUUUUCCUUCAGUCUAUGCACGACAUCAGCACCUUCCAGACCAUUAAGAAGAUUCCCAGGAAGCUCACUUACCCCCUCAAACCGUCCAGAUACAAGGAGGACACCAUCUACAUUCAUUUGGCAAAGAUUCUCAUCAUUAAGCCUCCAACGGCUAGUUUUCAUGGAGCCAUCAAUUCCUGUUGA